AUGGCGCCUAGAUUGGAGCCGCUAGUGGUCUUUUGGAGUGGACGCGGGAUCCACUUCAUGGUGGUGCUGAGCUUCGCAGUGCAGAUCACGCUUAUGCUCUUGGCAGAUCUUCGUCGACGUGCAGACUGGCCCGUGCUAAAGGUCAUCAUUUGGUCAGCAUACAUGUUAGCCGACACAGUGGCCAUAUAUGCCCUGGGUCACCUGUCGGUGGUCGUCAGGUUGCCCGAGCACCACCUUAUGGCGCUGUGGGCGCCAGUGCUGCUGGUGCACCUUGGCGGGCAAGACAACAUCACCGCCUAUGCCAUCGAGGACAACCGGCUGUGGCUACGCCACCUGCAGACUUUUGGACUGCAGCUCGUAGCAGCUGGCUACGUGUUGUAUGCGUCUUCCAUUCUCUCCCACCCGUCCUUGCUCCGUUCGGCCGCCAUCCUCAUGUUUGUCGUCGGGGUUGUCAAGUACGGCGAAAGAGUGUUGGCGCUCAUGGGUGCCGACAGAUUUACCAGUAGCAACCUAUUUACGGCAGGUGAGGAAGCUUUGCGUGAAGAACCCGCAAGGCGGAGUGAUGUAGUGGGCCAGAGAGUUAUGUCCAAAAAACCUCUAGGCCAGGGGGAUAUAUACGAGGGGCUAUUCAGAGCUUACUCACUGUUGGACGUCCCCAAGGAAAUGUUCGAGGGACCAACACGUUUUGUGAAAAUUAAAAAUGGGAGGCGUUAUGAAGGAGAAUUCAUGUUGAAGGUGGUGGCGAUGCAGCUCACGAUGAUGUACGUACGACCUCUUGUACACAAAGGCCACGGUGUGCACACCUGGUACGGCUUCUUGGCCCGUUCCAUAUCGCUGCUUUUCACCGUUGUCGCACUCCUGUUGUUCCAUGCACUGGGUGACAAAGAUGGUUACACAAGAUUAGAUGUCCUUGUCACCAAGGUUUUGCUCACUGGUGCAGUCGUCCUGGAGGCCGUAUCAGUGUUGAGGGCCGUGUUCUCCAUGUGGACAGCCGCGCUGCUAUAUGAACGUAAAUGGUAUAAGCUUGGCCGUGUAGUUCAACUCGUUGAGCUGGUGUUCGUCAUUUGGCCAAUGAAGCUACUUGUACUAGGGAAAUCCUACUGGUCGGGCCACAUGCGCCAACAUGACUUGUUUAAGGUGCCAUCUCAGAUUGGCAGUACAGGCAGCAGAAUGGCAGAAAUUAUUGGCAUGGAGAGCCUGUGGGACUCCUGGUUCUCCUCCUGGUCCACCCGUGUCCCAAAAGAUAUCAUCAACAUGGUGUUGGAACUAGUGUCGACAACAACUAAAGUUGGUCAGAUUGACAUCAGGAAAUCACGUGGCCAGAAUGCCCUAAACAAAGGCAACCUCUUAUUUGGGGAGGAACUAGCAUGGAGCGUGGGAUUGGAUCUGGAGGAGAGCAUCCUCGUGUGGCACAUCGCCACUCAUGUCUACCUCGAGUGGUUCCGCACGAAGGUCCAUCAGACAACAACAAAGCAGCCAAAAAGAAUAGCAGAUCUUUGCAAGGCAACAAAGGCUCUCUGCAAUUACAUGUUUUUUCUGCUGGCCUCCCGUCCCUACAUGUUGCCUUACCCUGUUAACCGCCAGAGGUAUGUCCAGCUGUGCCAUGAUUCAAUCACUCUUCUGGGCAGAUGCCACGUCCGCGACCUGCUCAGGGCCAUAUCUUACCAGACGGAGCGCUUGAUGGAAGGACAAACACUUAAAACCACAAGAAAUACCUGCUCUUUGUAUCGCACAGUAAGUCAACUUGACAAAGGAUGUAAGCUUGCCGCAAAGCUGAUCCACACAAUAGAGGGAGCAGGAAGAGGUACGAAUGCUGAUGGCACCCUCGAGAUGAUCUUCGAGGUUUGGGUGGAGAUGUUAUGCUACACGGCCUACUCGUGUAACGAGAAAUCUCAUGCCAAAAACCUGACAAGCGGUGGUGACCUCAUGACAAUCGUUGCACUUAUGAUGGUAUACAUGUCAAAUGGCUUUAUUAUUCAGAAAUCAAAGGAGGAGGAGGAGAAGAAGAAGACGAGCGAUGAGGAGGCUGGCACUUCGUCGACUUAG